GCCAAUUUACCGGUUCAAGAAAAGCGGUUCGACAAGAACCGCCAACUCUAUCCCCAUACACUUCGUCGUCUCGAUUUCCUAGCAAUUUCUCGAGCUGUUGUUUUGUUUAUCUGCUCUCUGCCUCCGCUUCUUCCAUUUUUCUUGGAUUUGUGCCUGCAAUGGCCGUUGCAAGCUCUUCUACUGUUUCAAAUUUGACGCAACGGCGGCCCUUGUUGAGCCUUAAAGACUCGGGUGCACCCAAUAGGCGGCUGAACUCACUGCGGCUCCCUCCCCGCUCUUGCACUCCUCUUGCCCGAUUCAACGUCGACUCUCGCUUCGUCGUCUCUUUGAGGAGGCACUCUCAUGAUGAUGGUAUUGGUAGAUACAAGUUUAGAAGAAACAAAGAUAAUGCUCGAAGGCCAGGCGCUUCUAAAAUUGUGGAACGUGGGAAUGAAACUUCAGGGACUAGGAAUUGCAUCUCUUGCUGUCUUAACCAAAAAAGGGGACGUUCUAGUAUCAAGAGAUUCACUCCUAGAUUCAUUUUUGACAAGUCUGCUUUACGGUUAUCCAAGAAUGAACAUGAUGAUAAAGUUGUGAAGCAUGCCCCUAUUGUUUGUGCAACUGUAGGUCCAGAUGAGCCUCAUGCAGCAAAUACAGCCUGGUCUGAUGGUAUUUUGGAGAAACAAGAUUUGGAUAUUUCAUAUCCUGAGUUUGGAAGAGCAGAGUUAGAGGCAUUUCUUAGUUCUGAACUCCCGUCUCAUCCAAAGUUGUAUAGAGGGCAGUUGAAAAAUGGAUUGAGAUACCUUAUUUUACCGAAUAAAGUUCCCCCCAACAGGUUUGAAGCACACAUGGAAGUCCAUGUGGGGUCUAUUGAUGAGGAAGAUGACGAGCAAGGAAUUGCACACAUGAUAGAGCAUGUAGCCUUCCUUGGAAGUAAGAAACGCGAAAAACUUUUGGGUACAGGCGCACGAUCUAAUGCCUACACUGAUUUCCACCAUACUGUGUUUCAUAUCCAUUCACCAACUAGCACGAAGGAUUCUGACGGAGAUCUACUUCCAUCUGUUCUCGAUGCCUUAAAUGAGAUAGCUUUCCACCCAAAGUUCCUUGCUUCUCGAGUUGAAAAAGAAAGGCGUGCCAUCCUUUCUGAACUACAGAUGAUGAAUACAAUAGAGUAUCGUGUUGAUUGUCAGCUAUUGCAACAUCUGCAUUCUGAAAACAAGCUGAGCAGAAGGUUCCCAAUUGGAUUGGAGGAACAGAUUAAGAAGUGGGAUGCUGAUAAAAUUAGGAAGUUCCAUGAACGAUGGUACUUCCCUGCAAAUGCAACCUUAUACAUUGUUGGAGAUAUUGAUAACAUCGCAAAAACAGUUAACCAAAUUGAGGCUGUCUUUAGCGAAACUGGGGUAGAAAACGAGGCUGUUUCUACGCCUAAUCCCAGUGCAUUUGGUGCAAUGGCUAGUUUUCUUGUUCCUAAGAUCUCAGUAGGAUUAACUGGCAGUUUAUCAAACGAGAGAUCAAAUUCAGUAGAUCAGUCAAAGAUCAUUAAGAAAGAAAGGCAUGCAAUUCGUCCUCCUGUGAAGCACAAUUGGUCACUUCCUGGAAGCAAUGUAUAUACAAAUCCCCCACAGAUAUUUCAGCAUGAAUUACUUCAAAAUUUCUCAAUUAAUAUGUUCUGCAAGAUUCCAGUAAAUAAGGUUCGGACAUUUAGUGACCUGAGAAAUGUUCUUAUGAAGAGGAUAUUUCUUUCUGCACUGCAUUUCCGUAUAAAUACAAGAUACAAGAGUUCAAAUCCCCCAUUCACUUCCAUUGAGUUGGACCAUAGUGAUUCUGGAAGGGAAGGGUGCACUGUCACUACACUAACUGUAACAGCUGAACCCAAGAAUUGGCAAAGCGCAAUUAAAGUUGCUGUUCAAGAGGUCCGGAGGCUUAAAGAGUUCGGUGUCACUAAGGGUGAACUGACUCGCUAUAUGGAUGCACUUCUAAAAGACAGUGAACACCUUGCAGCAAUGAUUGAUAACGUGUCGUCUGUUGAUAAUUUGGAUUUUAUAAUGGAAAGUGAUGCACUGGGGCAUACAGUUAUGGACCAAAGACAAGGUCAUGAAAGUUUAGUUGCUGUUGCUGGAACAGUUACUCUUGAAGAGGUGAAUUCCAUCGGUGCUGAAGUGUUAGAAUUCAUCUCUGAUUAUGGAAAGCCUACGGCACCCCUUCCUGCAGCUAUUGUUGCAUGUGUUCCAAAGAAAGCACAUAUUGACGGAUUGGGUGAAACAGAGUUUAAGAUAACUGCAAGUGAGAUAAUUACUGCUAUUGAAGCAGGACUGGAUGAACCUAUUGAAGCUGAGCCUGAACUCGAGGUACCAAAAGAGUUGAUCUCUUCAUCACAGAUAGCUGAGUUAAGGAUGCAACAGAAGCCAUCAUUUAUUCCUUUAAACCCAGAGACUAGUGUCACCAAAUUUCAUGAUAAGGAAACAGGGAUCACUCAAUGCCGUCUUUCAAAUGGAAUUCCUGUGAAUUAUAAGAUUUCAAAAAGUGAAAAUAAGGCAGGCGUGAUGCGGCUUAUAGUUGGUGGGGGACGAGCAGCUGAAAGUCCUGACUCACAAGGAGCUGUCGUGGUAGGUGUUCGAACUCUCAGUGAGGGAGGUCGUGUGGGAAGCUUUUCAAGGGAGCAGGUGGAACUUUUUUGUGUGAAUCACUUAAUAAACUGUUCUCUGGAGUCAACUGAAGAGUUCAUUGCUAUGGAAUUUCGUUUCACCUUGAGAGAUAAUGGGAUGCGCGCAGCUUUCCAAUUACUUCACAUGGUUCUUGAGCAUAGCGUCUGGCUUGAGGAUGCAUUUGAUAGAGCAAAGCAGUUAUAUAUGUCAUACUACCGGUCUAUUCCUAAAAGCCUGGAACGAUCUACUGCUCACAAACUCAUGUUAGCUAUGUUAAAUGGAGAUGAGCGGUUUGUUGAGCCUUCGCCAAAAUCAUUGCAGAAUUUAACAUUGCAAACCGUGAAGAAUGCAGUGAUGAAUCAAUUUGUAGGCAAUAACAUGGAGGUAAGUCUUGUUGGGGACUUUUCAGAGGAAGAAGUUGAGUCUUCUAUUCUAGAUUACCUUGGUACAGUCACAGCAACAACAAAUUCUGAGCGAGCACCACCUUCUGUCCCCAUUGUGUUUCGAACAUCACCAUCUGAGCUACAAUUUCAGCAGGUAUUUUUAAAGGAUACGGAUGAAAGAGCAUGUGCUUAUAUUUCAGGUCCUGCACCGAACCGUUGGGGUGUUACAGUUGAUGGUUUAGAGUUGUUAGAAACAGUUAGUCAUAUUUCAAGAACAGAUGCUACAACACCAGUAAAUGACGCAUUCGAUAAUGAUAUUGAGAAGGGUCUGCAGAGAAAACUUCGUAGUCAUCCACUGUUUUUUGGUAUCACGAUGGGGCUUUUGGCUGAGAUUAUAAAUUCUAGGCUUUUCACAAGUGUACGGGAUUCUCUUGGAUUGACAUAUGAUGUAUCCUUCGAAGUGAGCCUGUUUGAUAGGCUUAAGCUGGGAUGGUAUGUUAUAUCUGUAACAUCGACUCCAGGCAAGGUGUACAAAGCUGUUGAUGCAUGCAAGAACGUUCUGAGAGGUUUACACAGCAACAAAAUUGCCCAAAGAGAGUUGGAUAGGGCAAAACGUACUCUUCUUAUGAGACAUGAAGCUGAAAUAAAGUCCAAUGCUUACUGGCUUGGCCUAUUGGCUCAUUUGCAAGCGUCUUCUGUUCCAAGGAAGGACUUAUCGUGCAUCAAAGAUCUUACGUCAUUGUAUGAAGCUGCCACCAUUGAUGACAUAUACAUCGCUUAUGACCAGUUGAAAGUGGAUGCAGAUUCUCUGUAUACGUGCAUUGGGAUAGCUGGAGCUCAAGCUGGGGAAGAAAAUAUCGGUUCGUUUGAAGAGGAAGGUUCAGACCAAGAUUUUCAAGGUGUUGUUCCCACUGGACGCGGCUUAUCUACGAUGACCCGACCAACAACAUGAUCCUCUCUUGAUAAAAUUUUUUAAUCACUGAAAGAAAGGAUCCACGAAUGAAAGGAUGAAUGUUCACUCUGAAAUAGCCUAUCGUAUACGAAGCUGCAGCGCCAAUCUCCCUCGGAGCAUCAAAGGCAGAUUGUCAUAAGCGAAUUAACGAACAAGUGGUUUAAUUGGCACCAUCUUCAUAUUGAUUUUCUUUCUAGCUAUCAGUCAACGAUGCCGAUUCAUUUUUCAUAAUGCAUCAUUUAGAUAGCAGCCACAGAGCUCGAUUGUCUUCAUCACAUGUCAAAGUAAGAUAGAUACAUUACAUUGUAUGCUUGUAUUUUAAAUCAUAUAUCGUAAAUUUUAGUCUGUCGUCGAACUACGACUAGUAAAAGAUCAAUGUGUUCAAUAAUAUCAAUCUAGACAUGAUACAUUGUACUCGA